UUUUUUUUUUUUAUUCUCUGGCAUUCAGAGCUGAGACCGGAGGGGAAAACUACCAUCAGGCAAUUUGUAAAAGCCAGACCGGUGGCGUCAUUGCCUCCUCUGUAGUACGCGCCACACCACGACUCUCCUGCUGCAUUUAUUCACAGCCUCCUCUCAAGUUGCUCUGUGUCUUACCGCACAUUGAAGUGAAAGCAAACCUAUUCGCCCAAGAUUUGUGAUCAUAACACAAUGCGUGUUUGUUCGGUUUAUGUUAUUCUGGCACAUGGAUUAGGAGGUUUUGCGCAAGGAGCGUCACAGACAAACACUCGUCGCUGGACUGAUGGUGUUGUGAAAGACAAGGUAUCGUAUCGCGCGCUCCCCCCCAGCCACUUUUUUAGUACAGUGUCUCCAAUUUUACGCCGGGGAGGAAUCCUCUCCUCUGUCACAGAUGUUGCAAGAGAGCAUUUUCUUCCCGCAACUUAGUGCGCAGCUCCAAUGCUGCGAGAGGGACACGCGCUCUGGCGUACUUUCGCGGGCAGACCACGUCCAGAUAAUCUCCGUUUACAUUGGCCUAUACUCUUCAAGAUAUCCAAGAGUUCCCGUUGUGUCGGCUGUGCGUCACCCAUGCCUGAUUAGACUUGUAGUCUGACGUCGCUGAGCACCAUUCAAGCAAAACACCACAUACAACGUUGGAAAUCAAAAUUGAUAUUCAAAAAAGAAUCCGGAGUGACGAAAACCAGAACCCAAAGACGCGGAUCAACAAGUUGCCUCCAGUGCGUAACUUCGACCAAACAUAAUCCGCGACGCACGUGAUCGACAAAUCACUCCCUCUGCAAAUAUUUCUCAUCUGUCAAGAGGAAUAAGCCCCCGGCUGUCAGCGGAGACACAUCUCGUCCGGUUAUACGGUGAGAAUCAGAAGCUGACCGGCUCCAUGCCUCGCUGCGUCUCCAGAUGCUCGGCUGGCCACCACAUGGUAACUUUGCGCACACAGCACACCGGGAAGAGGACAUACGGAGAAGGGAUCUGAAUGAAUGGGACUGAGAUUUAUUCGCAUUUCUCUUCUCGCCUCCCCCAGACUGUUGUAUGCGUUGUAUAUCCUGCCGGUUGAGGGUGUCUCACGUUAUCAGCAGAUAUCGAUUCGGCGGUGGAUAGAUCCAUCUCUGGAAUAGGGAGCAGCAAAUGUCGAAGAAACGGAAAAGUCCUGACGACCAGGACUUUGAGGAAUCUCCCCCUGCAGGAUGCAGCGACCAAGGCUUGACAGAUGAGAAAGUGAAGGCCUACCUCUCGCUGCACCCGCAGAUGCUGGACGACUUUGUGUUGGAGAGUGUGAGCGCAGAGACGUUGGACAGAUGGCUGAAGAGGAAGACCAGCAGCAGGCCUGCAGAUGACACAUCAACUAAAGAAGUCAGCAGGCAGUACCAGGACACAAAUAUGCAGGGUGUGGUGUACGAACUCAACAGCUACAUGGAGCAGCGCCUGGACACUGGAGGAGACAACAAACUCCUGCUCUAUGAGUUGUGCAACAUCAUCAAAACAGCAACAAAAGCUGAUGGAUUUGCACUUUACUUCUUGGGAGAUUGCAACAAUAGUUUAUGUUUGUUCACUCCAACGGGGGCCAAGGAUGGUCCUCCAAGCCUCAUCCCCUCCGGCCCCAUCGCAUUUGGGACAACCAUUGCCGCUCAUGUUGCCAAGACCCACAAAACACUGCUAGUAGAGGACAUCAUGGGGGACGAGCGCUUCCCCGACGGCACAGGGCAGGACUCAGGGAUCCAUGUUCACUCUGUCCUGUGCCUCCCCAUCGUCACUGCCAUCGGGGACCUCAUUGCCAUCCUGGAGCUGCAUCGGCAGUGGGGCAAGGAGCCCUUCAACCUCAGCCACCAGGAGGUUGCAACAGCUAAUCUAGCGUGGGCUUCAGUUGCCAUUCAUCAAGUACAGGUGUGCAGAGGCCUCGCCAAACAGACUGAGCUCAAUGACUUCCUACUAGAUGUGUCAAAAACAUACUUUGAUAACAUUGUGGCAAUAGAUUCUCUACUUGAACAUAUUAUGAUAUAUGCAAAAAACCUAGUGAAUGCGGACAGGUGCGCACUCUUCCAGGUAGAUCACAACAACAAAGAACUCUACUCUGAUCUGUUCGAUAUCGGGGAAGAGAAAGAAGGCAAACCUGUCUUUAGGAAAACCAAAGAAAUUAGGUUUUCUAUAGACAAGGGAAUAGCUGGCCAAGUGGCUCAGACAGGGGAAGUCUUAAAUAUCCCAGAUGCCUAUGCAGACCCCCGGUUCAACCGAGAGGUGGACCUUAAAACCGGCUACACCACGCGGAACAUCCUGUGCAUGCCCAUCGUGAGCAGGGGGAGCGUUAUAGGUGUGGUGCAGAUGGUGAACAAGCUAAGCGGAAGUGCCUUCACUAAAACAGAUGAGAACAACUUUAAGAUGUUUGCUGUCUUUUGUGCUCUGGCCUUACACUGUGCAAAUAUGUACCACAGGAUCCGGCACUCUGAAUGCAUUUACAGAGUGACGAUGGAAAAACUGUCUUAUCACAGCAUCUGCACAUCAGAAGAAUGGAAGACCCUUAGCCAGCUCAACCUCCCUGCACCCAUUUAUAAAGAGAUCGAAAUGUUCCACUUUGACAUCAGUCCCUUUGAGGAGAUCUGGCCUGCUGUCUUUAUCUACAUGGUUCAUAACUCCUGUGGAAAGACCAGCUUUGAGCUGGAGAAGCUGUGUCGGUUCACCAUGUCUGUACGGAAGAAUUAUCGGCGUGUGCCCUACCACAACUGGAAGCAUGCGGUAACGGUGGCACACUGUAUGUACGCCAUCCUACAGAAAACCUCUGGGAUGUUCACAGAGCUAGAGAAGAAGGGUCUGCUGAUAGCCUGCCUGUGCCAUGAUCUGGACCAUCGGGGGUUCAGUAACGCGUACCUGCAGAAGUUUGACCAUCCGCUGGCUGCUCUGUACUCCACCUCCACCAUGGAGCAGCACCACUUCUCUCAGACCGUCUCCAUCCUACAGCUGGAAGGGCACAAUAUUUUCUCCAACCUGAAUUCCAGCGAGUACGAGCAGGUGUUGGAGAUCAUCCGGAAGGCCAUCAUUGCCACAGACCUCGCCCUGUACUUCAACAACCACCAGCAGCUGUCGGAGCUCCUGACCACAAGCGCGCUGGACUUGAACAACCACUCUCACAGGGAUCGUGUGAUUGGUCUGAUGAUGACAGCAUGUGACCUGUGUUCUGUUACCAAGCAAUGGCAAAUCACACGACUCACAGCCAACGACAUCUAUGCUGAGUUCUGGGCUGAGGGAGAUGAAAUGAAGAAGAUUGGGUUGCAGCCAAUCCCAAUGAUGGACAGAGAUAAGAAGGACGAGGUUCCCCAAGGCCAAGUGGGAUUCUACAAUGCUGUUGCGGUUCCGUGUUACACGACGCUGGCGGAGCUUUUCCCUCCAUCUAGUCCUCUUCUAAAAGCCUGCAAGGACAACCUGGGCCAGUGGGGGGAGAAGAUAUCGCGGGGAGAGGUGCAGGACAUAGUACCCAUCCGGCCUAGUGAUUCAGGCCCUGUCAAGGUGGACAACUGACUACCAAAGGGGUUGCUGGCCCACCAAAGGAACAUAACAAGAAUCCUGCCACCGACCUGGAGCUUUGUAGGGGGACGCACCCACAUCCUGUGUUGGCCGGAGACGGAUCAGCUAAAGGCGACUUGACUUUGAAAACACACAGUUACCUCAAUGGGUGACGGAGGUGUCAACACUGACGGUUUCACCGAUCCCAGAGACUGACAGACAGCCGAUGGAGAGGGACUUCAACCCAUCACUCUACAUCCACUCAGCGUGGGAAUUCAUUUGAUAGAAUGGACUGAAUGGUAUAGA